UUUGUGUGGUUUGUGUUUUGCAAGAUCCUUAGGCCUUGCCCUGUGGCAGCAACUGAGGUUUCUGUCUUGUCUCAGCCUAAGGAAACGGUGGUGUCCCGCUGGCGCGCUGACCCGUGGGCCCGGGGCUCCUACUCCUAUGUCGCAGCCGGGUCCUCUGGCAAUGACUAUGAUUUGAUGGCUCAGCCGAUUACUCCAGGACCAGCCAUUCCGGGUGCUCCGCAGCCGAUUCCUCGCCUGUUUUUUGCGGGGGAGCACACAAUUCGCAACUACCCCGCCACCGUUCACGGGGCUCUGCUGAGCGGGCUGAGGGAAGCCGGCCGCAUCGCAGACCAGUUUCUCGGGGCCAUGUACACUUUGCCUCGCCAGCCUACGCCGGGCGUCCCCCCCCAGCAAGCUGCCGGCAUGUAAGGGAAGUGGAAGGUGUCGGAAGAGGAGGGACAAGACCCCAGUGCUGCUGCUGGGGACUCUUUGGGAUGAAGAUGCUCCCGCGGUCUGCAGCAGUGCCUGCGGCAACAGCUCAGCCAGGAGCUGUGUGAAACACUUCCAUUAGCAUGGCCUUACAAGGACUUUGGCUCGGCAGAAUCUCUUGGUGCUCUUUGCACUGUCGGUGCACACAGUUCUGUGCUACCAGGUCAGGGGCUUCGUUGGCUCUGUAAAUACUUUCUGAAAGUCAAGCUUGUAGCUGGAGGAUUUUUUAGGUGCGUUUGUUUGGGGUUUUUUGUUGAGUUUUGUUUUCUACCUGUACGUGCAUUUACAAUUUGGUAACUGCACAAGGGCAGCUGGUACCUACACCUAGGAGCUUAGUGUAGAAUUAUUAUUAUUAAUAAUUCUGUGGGUGCUUUUUUUACUGUUUUGUUUUGAAGAACAAUAUUUAUUGACCAAUUCUAUUCUUACCUGGCAUUUGAGAAUUUGAUGCAACUGUUUUCCCCCCUCCAAAAUGUCCAUUGGCUGCUACUCUAUAUGCAUCCUGUUCUAGAAAACAAGCUGGUAUUACUAAGAGUGUGCUAAGCAUACCGGGUUAUUAAAUACCUUCAGCAAAAGAAAACAUCAGAAUUGGGUAUUUGUAAGUUUAAAAAUGACUUGUAUUUGUUUCUGUAGAAAUAAGAGUUGCCCAGGCAGGAAGCUAGCUGAAGGA